AUGCAAUUCAAAGACACUGCGCGGCAGGCGCUUUUUGCUGCAGCGCUCGUGGCGCCGCAGUUGACGUCUGCCUUCUACCUGCCUGGUGUUGCGCCGACCUCGUAUAAGCCCGACGACCAGGUACCGCUGUACGUCAACAAGAUUUCGCCUGUUGCUGCCAUGCAAGACUACCGACUACACUCCGUGGUCUCAUACGACUACUACCAUCCUGCUUUCCAGUUUUGCCAACCGAACGGGGGACCGAAAUACGUAUCCGAGAGCCUGGGAAGCAUCUUGUUCGGUGACAGGAUCAUGACUUCGCCAUUUGACUUGCGCAUGCUUAGGAAUGAGACUUGCAAGCCUCUAUGCAAGGUUUCCUAUCCGGAGAAGAUGCGAGAAUUCAUCAAUGACAGAAUUUACCAGGGGUAUAGCUUGAAUUGGCUCGUUGACGGUCUGCCGGCAGGCCAAAAGAUUCAAGAUGAACUCACCGGCACUACCUUCUACAGCCCCGGCUUCUCCAUUGGCGACUACCAAUUUACUGAAAAUGAAGAAGAGGAUGAAAAGCUUUCCUUCAACAACCACUACGAAAUUUGGAUCGAGUAUCACGAGGUGAAUGGGAACCCGAACCAACUUCGUGUGGUUGGCGUCGUCGUCCAACCCUCUUCCUUGGCAUAUACUGGCGAACCCGACUGCGCGGAUAACCACCCAAAGCUCAUAUUUGAAGAAGGCGACAAGAACCAGGAUGUUUACUUCAGUUACAGUGUGUAUUGGAGGAAGUCGGACACUGCCUGGGCAACUCGGUGGGACAAGUAUCUCCACGUUUUCGACCCCAAGAUUCACUGGUUCUGGCUUAUCGACACUGCAAUCAUUGUCAUUAUCCUGGUACUGACGGUCAUGUCAAUUCUGGUGCGUACACUGAAGAAGGACAUCUCGCGCUACAAUCGCCUCGAUGCCAUCAGCUUGGACGACCUCAAUGGAACUUCUGCAAUCGAGGAUGGCGUUCAAGAAGAUUCUGGCUGGAAGCUUGUUCACGGCGAUGUCUUCCGAACCCCGUCCCACCCGCUCUUGUUGUCCGUUUUGCUGGGCAGCGGUGCUCAGCUUUUCGUCAUGACCGGGUGUACCAUUGCCUUUGCCCUACUGGGCUUCCUGUCUCCUUCCAACCGUGGCUCCCUUGGGACCAUCAUGAUCAUUCUGUACACUCUUCUCGGAUUUGUCGGAGGUUAUACUUCGGCGAGAACUUACAAGGCAAUGCAGGGUGAGCAGUGGAAGGUGAACAUUGCCUUGACACCGGUUCUGGUCCCUGCUAUUGUAUUUGCCGCCUUCUUCCUUUUGGAUCUUUUCCUCUGGGCUAAACAGUCCUCUGGCGCUGUGCCAUUCACCACCAUGCUCGUCAUUGUUGGCAUCUGGUUCGUCAUCUCGAUCCCUCUGUCGGUUGCAGGAUCCUGGCUCGGUUUCCGAAGCCCCCAGAUUGAGGCGCCUGUGCGCGUCAACCAGAUUCCACGCCAGAUCCCGCCAGUUACGACAUACCUUCGUCCUAUUCCCAGCAUGCUGAUCGUUGGUUUGCUGCCCUUUGGUGCCAUCUUUGUCGAGCUUUACUUCAUCAUGAGCUCCAUCUGGUUCAGCCGCAUCUACUACAUGUUUGGCUUCCUCUUCCUUUGCUACGGCCUCAUGGUGGUUGUUUGCGCUGCCGUCACUAUUCUUAUGACUUAUUUCCUGCUCUGCGCCGAGAACUAUCAUUGGCAGUGGCGAUCUUUCCUGGCUGCCGGCAUGAGCGGUGGUUACAUUUUUCUGAAUUGCCUGCUUUACCUCAUCACCAAGGUAAAGCUCGGCGGCCUGGCUGGGAUAGUCCUGUAUAUGGGCUACAGUGCCCUCAUUUCCUUCCUAUUCUUUAUCCUCGCGGGCUCCAUUGGCUACUUUGCCAGUUGGUGGUUCGUCACACGGAUUUACUCGUCAAUCAAGAUAGACUGA